AUGUCGUUCGCAAUCGAAUCAACCUCAAGUGAGUCUAUCUCGUCGUUGAUGGGAUGGAUCAGUUUUGCUUGUUGGCUUCUCGUUUACACCCCCCAGAUCUACGAAAACUAUCUUUACAAAAGUGGAGAGGGCGUCUCAGUCUCUUUCAUAGUAAUAUGGAUGAUUGGCGAUUUGGCGAACUUAUUUGGGGCGGUCAAACAACAUUUAUUACAAACGAUGAUCAUCUUAUCGAUGUAUUACACGCUCUGUGACCUGGUCCUACUCCUCCAAAUCUUCCACUACCGUCGUUAUCACCAGCUAAAGGCAGCAAGAAAUGUCUCACUGAGCGUGGGAUCUGAAACCGGGAACGUUGGAGUCGAUCACGUGGCUUCUGAACCUGCAGAAGCAGAAACCUCCCCUCUUCUGUCUAGACACGAUGGCUCGGACCAACCGGAGAACACCAAACUAUCCUCCAAAUACUUAUCCAAUCGAGUAUAUCGCGCACUGAAAUACUGCUCCCAGGGCUUACCCAGUUACUUCGCGGUUUAUGGCGUGAUACUGUUCAUCGGCUUACUUGGCUGGUCGAUCUCUCAAAACCCCCGCUCAGACCCUCAAGAUCCUAAGACUCCACCGCCUGCUGGUGGCAGUAGUGAUGAAGUGACUGAAAUCUGGGACACGACUGCUCAGAUCAUGGGCUGGAUUAGCGCGUUCGCUUAUCUCAGCAGUCGAAUUCCGCAAAUCUUUAAGAAUCAAGUCACCAAAUGUCAUGGCUUGAGUUUGUUAUUCUUCUUAGUUGGAAUCACGGGGAACUUGACUUAUGUCGCCUCAAUCUUGACCGUAGAUCGAUCUCCAGAACACAUCUUAAUCAACCUGAGUUGGUUAAUAGGUAGCGGCGGAACGAUAUUCCUGGACCUCAUAGUACUUUACCAAUUCUGGAGCUAUCGACAUGAACGUGCGGACUCUUCCAUCAUCCCUCAAGAGGAUGCAAGCUGA